AUGUCGAUAUUAGAUUUGUUCAAAACAACUUCUCCAAUUUCGAAAAUAUCUCUCGACGUCCACAAAGCCGAGCCCCGUUGUAUAAGACAGUUCCACCAAAGUAACUACUUCUGGGGAACAGGGCACAAGCAAGAAACUACUCUACGUGCUACGCCGUGCUCUGGGUAUGCCCUCGCGCGCACCUUGCUUCCAGAUCAAAGCAAUAGCAGCUGGCAAAAGGUACUCGAUCUCGGGCUGGAGAAGCUUAGUGCGGUCUUCCACGAUGUUGAAAAUCCCCAGUCAGAUGGCGCCCCUAGUACCCAACAAAUCGCUGACAUCUGCCUUUCAGACGACCUGGUCGCCUGGCGGGAAGAGCAGCACAAAGCGGGUAAAAUAUUGCCCGCAAAGGGAUACGGAAUUACGCCCGUCUCCGACGCAGUCAUUGACUUGCUGGGUGUUAAAGGCUGGCCAGCACCUUUGUUGACGAAUUCAGCAUUGUUUGGUGCUGGUCUUGUGAACUUAUUGCUUGGCGCGUACGAUUCGGAGGUCUUAUACUCGAAUUACUGCUCUGACAUGGGCUUCUUUUAUGAGCAUGGAUACGACAAAGUGUUCCCGGAAUACCAGUCAUUGUUCCGAAAGUCAGCAACUAAUCCUCAUGCUCUAGCUACCAUCGGAGGUAGAAAGCGCAGGGAAGCAGCAGAUCUGGGACUGCAAUAUAUUAGGACCAAGAUCUCCUUGGAAGAAACACACAAAGCCAACCUCGCCAAUAAAACAGCCAUUAUAAACCGGAAAGACGCUGUGGCGCUAAACUUUUGUGAGUGUAGCUUGUGGGGGUUGGCUGCGGAGAUGAUCGUACAGGGUUCCGACAGCGCUGGGCUCAUCAACGAUUUUGUGUUUAGCUGCCCGGCAACGGAUGUCGUCGAUGUCGGCUCCGACAUACAUAACUCCGAGCUUUUCAACAGCUUCCUUAACACGGCCGACAUUACUCAGACGGGAGUUGUUAGCGAGGAAGUUCUCAGACGCGUGUAUGACGCACAAGCACACAGCGGUGCUAGGAUGUUCACAGAACGAUGGGCUGAGCCAGGAGCACGCAUGUGCUCACUUUUAUAUGCUUGGCAUAUCCUGAAUGACCGACAUAAUUUUCUUCGACGAGCUGUGCUGGGAUACUGUAAAGUGCGAGAUGCGCCUCGACCAGCUCAGCGAGAGGCUGAUUUCGAAGAGGUUUUUGACGACAAUCUGCACACUACCGGAUUCAGUCGUCCGCUCAUCAGUGCGUGUAAUGGCGAGGUCAUCUGUGAUCAUGUCGAGGGGCGUCUUGCUCGGUCUUACGGAGAUCCAUUGUUGAAAGACCUCUGGUUCUAUAUGGCCGAGGGGCCGCUGGAGUAUGCUUCCAAAGGGGUGGUCGACACAGUCACAGAAGAACGGCUGAUUGAGGGUUUGAGAAUCGCGCUGGCAAGGGCAUAUUCGUACGGCCUGGUUGACGACUUGGCUUGGUUUGCGGCCCAUGCAAGUCAGCAUGCAUGGCAGAUGGCGUCGAGCUUGUGGAAUACUUUCUCCCUGCCAACGGCAUUCUUCAGCUCCCCGGUCGCUGCCAUCCUGACCCCAGUGGCUGCAGGGGCACUGGUCGGGUACUCCACGACUUCAGUAAACAACACUCAAGCCAUCUACCGUGCUAUCCGUCAACCGCCUUUUUACCCUCCCGGCUGGGUCUUUGGCCCUGUUUGGACAAUGCUGUACGGCGCAAUGGGCUACGCCAGCUAUCGCGCCACCGUUGCCGGCCUCUCCUCGCCUUCUUCCGCAGUUCGCCAUCUCGCGCACACGUCUCAAGGUCUUUACACGAUGCAACUUGUCACCAAUCUCGUCUGGAUGCCGCUCUUCUUCGGAUGUCGAAAGCCCCUAGCUGCGUUUGUGGAUAUGCUGGUCCUUGCCGGCACAGUCGUAGGGCUGGCGAAUAAUUAUCGAAAAAUCGACAGUGUGGCGUUCUAUUUGUUGUUGCCGUAUUUGGGUUGGUUGGGAUUUGCUUCGUAUCUGAAUUUCGGGGUUGGCUAUUUGAAUGGUUGGGAUAUCUCGGAUGAGAAAAUAGGUCGUUCGACUAAAAAGGAGUGA